AUGUCUCAAUCAGUGAAGAAAAAGUCAGCUGGAAGCAAGAAAGGUAAUAAUACCAGUGCUGCUGCUGCUGCUGCUGCUACUUCCAAUGAAGUCGAUGAUCACAGCAAAAAACUUAAUGGAGCUCGUGACUCCAAAAACAUUGGCCAAGAUGCCGCUUCCGCCAACUCCGAAGUUCAAUACUGGGCGGCAUUGGCUCUGGUGACACUUGUCGCUGUCUAUGUCCGAUUUGUUAAAUUGGGGACCCCUAACCAAGUCGUGUUUGAUGAAGUCCACUUUGGUAAAUUUGCCUCGUACUAUUUGGAAGGAACUUAUUUUUUUGACUUGCACCCGCCUUUUGCAAAGCUUUUGAUUGCGUUUGUCGGGUGGUUGAUUGGAUACAAGGGCAAGUUCAAAUUCGACGCAAUUGGCGAUUCGUAUAUUGAAAACAAUGUGCCUUACAUUGCCUAUAGAAGCUUGCUGGCGAUUCAAGGGACGGCAAUCAUUCCAGUCAUGUUCUUGACCAUGAAGACGUUGGGGUUCAGCCCCUUGGCUUGCUUAUUCUCCAGCAUCAUUGUUUGCUUUGACAAUGCUCAAGUCAUUGACAGCCGUUUGAUCCUUUUGGAUGCAACGUUGAUAUUGAGCGUCGCCUUGAGUAUUUUCAGCUACUGCAAAUUUUCAACCUUCAGAAGACAGCCAUUCACCCAAAACUGGUGGACCUGGCUCUUGGCAACUGGAGUUUCGUUGUCAUGCGUCAUCUCCACCAAAUAUGUCGGUGUUUUCACUUAUUUCACGCUCGGAAUUGCAGUUUGUCACGAGUUGUGGUACUUGCUUGAUUACAAAAAGGGUUUAACUUUGACCGAAUUUGGUAAGCAUUUUUUUGCCAGAUUCUGGGCUUUAAUCGUGGUUCCCUUCACCAUUUACUUGUACUGGUUCUACUUGCAUUUUGCAAUUUUAAAGAAAUCGGGACCAGGUGACGCAUUCAUGUCAUCCGAGUUUCAAGAGACAUUACUCGAAUCCCCCUUGGCCCAGCACUCAAAGGAAGUUCAGUACUACGACCAAAUCACCAUCAAGCACAAGGAAACUGGAGCAUUUUUGCACUCGCACAAGCAUGUUUACCCCUUGCGUUAUGAGAAUGGCAGGAUUUCUUCGAACCAGCAACAAGUUACAUGUGUUCAACACGAAGAUGCCCAAAGCGACCCAAACAACUUGUGGGAAAUUGUCCCCGUUCAGGCAGAAGAUGACAAUGUCAAGGGCAAAGAUGUUCACACCAAUGACAUUAUCAGAUUUAAACACGUUGGCACUGGUGGCUUUUUAUUGACACACGAUGUGGCAUCUCCGUUGAAGGCGACAAACGAAGAAUUCAUUGUCGUUUACAACGAGACUGCUAUAAGCAGGUACAAUGAGACUUUGUUCAGAUUGAGAUUGGACGUGCCGGGGUCGUCACCAAAGAAGCAAAACCAAAGAAAGCAGAUCAAGACUUUGGCAACCGAUUUGCGAGUGUUGCACAUGGACACGGUGGUUGCCAUGUGGACCCACGACGACGAGUUGUUGCCCGAGUGGGCAUUCAAACAUCAAGAAGUCAGUGGUAACAAGAAGAUCCAGGACAAGGACAAUGUGUGGACCUUUGACUCGAUCAAUUUGCAACCAACGGAUCCAAGAACCAGAUAUGUUCCUAAAAAAGUCAAGACGAUGCCCUUUUUGAAGAAAUGGUUGCAAUUGCAAAGAUUGAUGUUCCAUCACAACAACCAGUUGAGCUCGUCGCAUCCAUUUGCCUCACAGCCCGACUCCUGGCCACUUGCAAUGAGCGGAGUUUCGUUUUACAACAACAACGAAGAAAAGAAGCAGAUUUUCUUUAUCGGUAACGUUAUCGGCUUUUGGCUAGAGGUGUGUUUCUUGUCGAUAUACGUUGGUAUAAUCUUGGCUGAUCAGAUCACACGUCGUCGAAACUGCCACUUGCUCAACGACAGAGCCAGAUCAAGAUUGUACAACACCUUGGGAUUCUUGUUCAUUGGCUGGGCUGCGCACUAUUUCCCCUUUUACUUGAUGAAUCGUCAAAAAUUCUUGCACCAUUACCUUCCCGCUCACUUGAUUGCCGCAUUGUUUUCAGGAGGUUUGGUUGAAUUCGUGUGCACAGACAAUUCGACCGAUAGUGCCAAGUCAAAGGCCCAGUUGAAAAGGGUCAAGAUGGCCGUGAUUGUUGCUUUAGCCACCACCGGUAUUGUUUGGUUUUUCUUCUAUUUCAGUCCCAUCACUUACGGUGAUAUCACCUUGACUCCGGACGAAGUCAAGGCCAGACAAUGGUUGGACUUUAAACUACAUUACGCAAAAUAA